AUGAAUUAUUUGAAUUUGAAUAAUUACCAACAAAGAAGAGUGAAUUUGCUGACUGGAGAAUCUUCACAUGGGGAGGGACUCUAUGAACCAAUUAAUGUUUCUCAGAAUAAUUUUGAGGAAAUUGAUGAUGAUGUCAUAGAAACUUCACCAAGAGAAUUUGCUGAGGCAGUGGCCAAUGCGAGAAGAAAUCGUAUGGUCAAUGAAGUUGAUUUGAAUAGAGAAAAUCACAGGAUCUCAGACUUUUUUCUGCCUGACGGCCGCAUUCUCCAACCAUAUGAUGACAUGAUUUAUAUAAAUUUUGAUUACAUUGCACAUGAGUUAGCUGAAAAAGAGAAGAAAGCCGCGGAAGCUAAGAAAAAAGCACUUGAAACUCCCAAAGAGUCUCCCUAUAAAUGCCCAAUAUGUAUGGAUUCUAUUCAGGAGGAAAUGGCCACAAGGUGUGGUCAUAUCUUUUGUAAGUUCUGCAUAAAGAAAGCAAUUAAAGCACAAGGUAAAUGUCCUGCAUGUAGGGAAAGGGUUACUUCGAGACAAUUAAGAAGGGUGUUUCUUCCAUCUCCUAAUUAA